CUGUGUCCGAGCCUGUCCGAGCACGCGAGCUUAUAACCCAGCCCUCUGCACAAUCAAGAUCGCACCGGUCUCCUCAAGCGCUCAUGUCCGCAACCACUAACGCUCCGAAGACUCUGGAAGAGCUCAAAGGCCUCCUGAAAGAUGACAUCAAGGUCAAAGUCGCAGGUGUUGACGUCGAUGGUGUACUUCGGGGGAAGUUCAUGUCCAAGGAUAAGUUCCUCAGCGCCGCUUCCUCCGACGGGUUUGGGUUCUGUAGCGUGAUCUUUGGCUGGGACAUUCAUGACACGACAUACUCGCGCGAACUGCUCAUCUCCAACAAGGGCAAUGGUUAUCGAGACCUCAUCGCGUCUAUUGAUCUGUCGACUUAUCGCCGCAUCCCUUGGGAGAAUAACGUGCCAUUCUUUCUGGUGUCUUUCCUAGAUCCGGACACCCGAGAGCCUAUCGUCGUCGAUCCUCGUGGAAUCAUGCGAAUCACGGCGGAGAAAGCGGCGGCGGCAGGUAGGCAGUGCAUGGCGGGUGUCGAGUUUGAAGUCUGUCAUUUCGCUUAUCUAUGCGCACCGAUUCUGACCCGCCUCGAGUACUUCAACUUCAAAGGUAAAGCUAGGAUAAGACUGGCGUCUCAACUCCUUGUGACGGCUCCUUUCAGAGAAUGCCGUCUCCUUGGCGGAGAAGAAGUUUUCGAAUCUGGAGCCAUUGACACCAGGAAGCGAGUACUUUUGCACGGAUACUCGAUGCUUCGCACUCAGCUCAACAACGACUAUUUUCACGAUCUUUUUGACAGGAGCGCUGACUUCGAUAUUGAUAUUGAGGGACACCACACGGAGACGGGCCCCGGUGUUUAUGAAACAGCGUUGGCAUAUACCUCGGCACUUCGCAUGGCCGAUAAUGCGAUUUUGUUCAAGUAUCUGGCAAAAAGCAUUGGGAUGCAGCGGGGUGUAGUCCCAAGCUUUAUGGCUAAGCCCUGGGGUAAUCUUCCAGGAUGCAGCGGACACAUCCACGUCUCGUUACGAGACAGCGAGGGGAAGAACAUCUUUGCCGUAUCAGAGUCUGAACUUGCUACCGGCCGCAGUGACGCAGCGUUCGAUGACACCAAGUUCAUGAGCAAGGAGGGCGAAGCUUUUCUAGCGGGAGUCUUGGACGGAAUUGCUGACGUCGUGCCUCUGCUCGUGCCAACAAUCAAUGGUUAUAAACGUCUUGUAGGCGGGGCUGCAUUUUGGGCGCCGAAUGCUGUAACCUAUGGUUAUGACUCGCGAGCAGCCUCCAUCCGGGUCAUCUCACCACCUUCCGUCCCACCUUCUGCGACGAGACUCGAAAUCCGGAUCCCCGGAGCUGACAUGAACCCAUAUUUUGCGCUCAGCGCUGCGUUUUUGUUGGGUCUCAGGGGUAUCGAGAAGCAGCUCAAGCUCGAAAUACCGCCCAUCAGCCAUUUCACUCCGGAAGACAGACUUUCCGGCAAGGUCAAGAUGUUACCGGUUUCUCUUGAAUCCGCAAAUGCCCGGAUGAUGCAGCCCAACAGUGUUGCUCGCCAGAUAUUCGGCGAUCUGUUCGUUGAUCACUUCGGCGGCACCCGAGAGCAUGAAGUCAACUUGUGGAAUGCGGCUGUGACCAGUUGGGAAGGAAAGUGA